UUAAGAUCUGCGUUUUGUAUCUAUCGCAAAACAGUCGAAAUUGUCUGCUCGUUGGCUGCACAUCGCGCUCGCUGCUAGCCUCUCUAAACGUACACGUGGUGCCAAAGGACACUACACUUGAAGGAUAACACACACACGCAGUCACACACAUAAACGUUCAAUAUGGCUAAAAUUAUUAUCAGUGCUUUGUUGUGUCUGGCCAUGUUUGGCUCGUUGGCCCAAGCAGCAGCUGGCGUUUGCCGUGAGGCGAACGGCACUGCUCCUGUCGCCGGCUCCUGCGACGCCUACAUCGAGUGCAAGAAUGGCGUGGCCGAGGAGAAGCUGUGCCCCGACGGCCUGCUCUACAACGAGAAGUCCACCGGCUACCCCUGCAGCUAUCCCAUCGACGUGGAGUGCACUCAGCCCCAGGCUCGUCUGCAGGCGGCCCAGCCCACGGACGAGUGCCCCCAUCAGUUUGGCUACUAUCGCAUGGGAGAUGCGAGCCAUUGUGGCCAGUUCAUGAACUGUGCGGCGGGGCGUGGCUUUGUCUUUGACUGCCCCGAGGGCUUGGCCUGGAACCCGGCCACCUACAAGUGCGACUGGCCCGAUCAGGUGGAGGACUGCGAUGCCGAGGCCUUCCUCGGCUUCCGUUGCCCACCUCUGGCGCCCAAGUCGGAGCUGCUGGGCGAGCAGGAGCAGGACUACACCUUCCAUCCGUCGCAGGAGAACUGCCAGGUGUACUUCAUCUGCAUUGAGGGUCGCCCACGCCGCAUCAGCUGUGGCGAGGACCAGGCCUUCAACCAGGAGCUGAACCAGUGCGACGACAUCGACAACGUGCCCAACUGCAGCAACGACAUUCGCGCCAAGGGCGCUGAGAUCAAGGCGGCGCGCGCCUCAGCGGCUGCCGGGCGUCGCAAGCUGAACUUCCUUGGCUCGCCCGAAUGUCCCUCGCCCAAUGGACGCUUCGCGUCUGGUGACCAGUGCGAUGCCUACACGGAGUGCCAGGACGGCGUGCCCGUGGAGAAACUCUGCCCGGACGGUCUGCUCUUCCACCAGCGCACCAAGUCGACGGGCGAAUGCACCUAUGCGCCCUACUCCACCUGCAAGGAGCGCACUCGCCUGCAGCCUGCGAACGGCACAGAUGAGUGCCCGCGCCAGUUCGGCUUCUAUCCGAAUGGGGAUGAGACCAAGUGCGGUGUCUAUCGCAACUGCGCCCAUGGCGUGGCCAGCCUGACCAAGUGCCCCGAGGGCUUGGCCUUCAACGAGGAGACCUACCAGUGCGACUGGCCCGAUCUGGUGGCCAACUGCAACGCAGAGGCCUAUCUCGGCUUCACCUGCCCCGCGUCUGAGCUGGUCGAUGGUGUUGCUCCCGAAGUGGAUGUCAGUCCCGAGGGCGAGCUGCGCUACUACCGCCACCCGCAGACGUGCAAGAAGUAUUUCGUCUGCGUUAACGGACAUCCGCGCCUCUACAACUGCGGCAAAUACCUGGCCUUCAAUGCCCAGUCGAAGCUCUGCGACUUCUACAACAAGGUGCCCGAGUGCUACGCCCUGCUCAAGGAGAAACAGAAGCUGAAGGCCGAGCGCAAGGCAUUGCUGUAAACCCUCUACAAAUCGGGAGUAAAGAGUUAAACAGUUAGAGGCUGACCCUCAAAGAGGCUGACUCGCCUGACUUGUGCAGCUUUGUUUUAUAGACAUCUAUCCUUACCCACUAGCAUAGCGUCUAUUUGUCUAUUGAAUAAAAUUA